AUGGGUGUCAGUGGCAAGGCCAAGGUGCUAGUCAUUGGUGCUGGCUUUGCCGGCGUCCCUUUGGCGAUCGAGCUGACGUCCAAGGGUCUGGACGUGACACUGGUGGACAGCAAGCCAUACUUUGAGGUGGUGUUUGCCAAUGCGCGCACACUGGUGGAGCCGGCCGACCUGAAGCCUCAUGGCGUGUUUGUCCAGGGCCACGUGAAGGAGCUGCACCCCAUACACGCGCUGCUGGACGACGGCCGCCGGCUGGACUUUGACUUUGCCGCCGUCUGCACCGGCAGCAGCCAGCAGUUUGGCAAGGGGGGCGCGGCCACCAUCGAGGAGCGACGGGCUGAGCUGAAGGCACAGCAUGAUGCGUUGGUGGCUGCCCCGGCCGUGGUGGUGGUGGGUGGCGGCCCCCUGGGUGUUGAGCUUGUGGGGGAGGUGGCCACAGACAUGCCCUCCAAGCCCACGUUCCUGGUGCACAGUGGGGACAGGCUGAUGCCCAGCCUGCCGCCCCGCGCCUCUCGCCUCGCGCUCUCCUGGCUCAAGGGCCACGGCUGCAAGGUGCUCCUGAACAACCGCCUGCAGCUCGACCCCGCCAGCGACCCCGCGUCUGCUCCGGCCGGCCCCCUGGUUACGGCCAAGGGGGAGGAGCUGCCGCGGGGCGCCCUGGUGCUGUGGGCCACCGGCACGCGGCCGGCGACGGGGCUCAUGAAGCCGGCGCUGGCGGAGGCGCUCGACAGCGACGGCCUCAUCAAGGCAACAAACCAAUACAGAGCUGCGCCACGCGGUGCGCAGGUGGAGCCGACGCUGCAGGUGGUGGGCCACCCGACCCUGUUUGCCCUGGGUGACGCGAACAACGUGAAGGAGGAGAAGCUGGCAUACCUGGCGCAGGCCCAGGCCCCGGUGGUGGCGGGCAAUAUUGCGGCCCUGGCGGCCGCCAAGGAGGCCGCAGCCGCCGGAGGGGCAGCUGGGCAAGCCGCCCACCCGCCCAAGCUGUCGGCGUGGCGGCCAGGCAUGGGUCUGCCCACCAUCAUGAUCGUCUCGCUGGGACGCAGCUACGGCGUGGCGCACCUGGCCUACUUCACGUUUGGCGGCUGGCUGGUGUCCAAGAUCAAGGACAUCAACACUUUCAUCAGCAAGUCACGCCACGGGGUCUGCCUGGCGCCGUGA